AGUUUUAAAAUACAAAAAGACACCUACAGCAGGGUGUGCCUUUGCGCACAUGUUUAAGACACUUGUUGUCCAUUUUACAUGUCCAUUUUACAUGUCUAUUUGUGUGUGUGUGUGGUUUAGUUCCUGUGUUGUGUCCGAGUCAGAGUUGGUUAGUAAUGAGUCACAUCGACCAUUACAUUCACAGGGGGGGUCCGUUACUACAUGUGUAUAACGGACCUGUGUUUGUCCUCUAACACACCUCCUCCCCCGCCAUGUUGGUUCGUCCCGUUGACGUGUCUCUGCCUUUGAAGAGCUGAUGACUUUACACAUAAAUCCUAUUAGCAACUUUCUGCUGAUUGCCAGCCAUUGAGUCCCAGGCUACUCACUCGCUUUAUUAUCUCCAUUGUGUUGAAAUUCCCCCCUCCCUCUUCCUUUUAAACUAAAAACUUUUAGGGAAAAGAGGAGUCUGUAGUUUGUUAGAGCUGAAGUCACUGGCCACACAAUGUCUGCAGAGAAGCCAAAGAAGAAGGCCGAGUCAGCCAACCCAGCCACCAAUGGUGCCGAUGCCAAGCCCAAAAAGAGCAAGAACAAGAAGAGCGAAGAGCUGUCUGGAGAAGAGAAUCCUGCUGUUCAAAGUGGGAAAAAGGUCAAGAAAAAGAAACCAGACGGAGAAAAAACAGAAAAGGAAAAAGUGAAAGGGAAAGAGAAAGACGAGCCAAAGAAGAAAACAAAAAGUGUGCCAAAGAAAAAGAAAGGUUCAGAUACAGAAGAAGAUGAUGAUGAGGAAGAGACUCCACAAAAGAAGGCAAAGAAAAAGACCACAAAAGAAGGUUCUGACAAAGAUGGCAUGGAGAAGAAAUCCAAAGCGAAAGAUGACAAAGAGUAUGACAAAAAAACGAAGAAAGACACCAAUAAAAAGGAACCGGCUUCUCUGUUCUGUGUAAAUGGGGAUAAGGAUAAGUCAGACUCCAAGAGCAAGAAGAAAGCAGCCAAAUCUGAUAGUGAUGACAGUGAACCAGAAACCAAGUCCAGCAAGUCAAAAUCAAAAAAGAAGGAGAACGCCAACCCGGCAUCCAUGUUCGCAGCAGGGGGAGACAAGGACAAGGACAAGAAGAAAAAGAAAGGCAAGUGUGUUCUGCUUUAAUUAAAUACAGCCCAAGUGUUUGGGUGUCUUCCUGCCAGUUUUCCUAAUGUUUUAUUUUUCUAUCAGCCAAA